CAGCUGCAAACUGGAAAGUCCCUGACAUCCAACAAGGUUUCAGACAGGAACACUGCGGUGAGGGUUUACCGUUUUAAAUGAAGGAUAUUCAUAUUGUACUCGUUUUGCGACCCCCGCGGAUACCACAUACUGCGAGGUUGUUUCAGUCGUAAAGGUUUUAAGCAAACCGAGUAGAUGCUCUCGAGGGCUAACUAGCUUUGUGUGCAAGCUAGUUCUUUGUGCGGCUAGCUGCUAGCCGAGGUAAGGUUAUGUUGUUGUUGAAGUGAGCAGCCCUCCCGCCGUCUGGGAGAGGACAUUCAUCAGCUGUGCAUGGAGAAACGCCUCCUCUCGUCUGCUGACAGUCUCUGUGAAAGUGGCCCGUGAUAUCCCGCUGUGUGACGGUAGUGCAGCGAGAGAGGGGAGAGUUUGACCGAAGAGGAAAGAGAUGGGAAACUGUCUGAAAUCUCCGACCUCGGAUGAUAUUUCUUUGCUUCACGAGUCCCAGUCGGACCGGGCCAGCUACGGAGACGGUACUGACACCGACCAGGAGCCGCCGCCCCCCUACCAGGAGCAAAUCCAUGUGCCCGUCUACCACCCAACACCCAGCCAAGCACGACUGGCCACUCAGCUGACUGAGGAGGAGCAGGUUCGCAUCGCACAGCGAAUCGGGCUCAUCCAGCACCUCCCGAAGGGCGUGUACGACCCCGGCCGGGACGCCUCUGAGAAGAAGAUCAGAGAGUGCGUCAUCUGUAUGAUGGACUUUGUAUACAGAGACCCCAUCCGGUUCCUGCCCUGCAUGCACAUCUACCACAUGGACUGUAUAGACAACUGGCUGAUGAGGUCCUUCACCUGCCCCUCCUGCAUGGAGCCUGUGGACGCCGCGCUGCUUUCCUCUUACGAGACCAACUGACACACACACACACUCACUCUGUAUAGGCACCUGUGAACCAUAAUGGACACACACACACGCACACAUACAAUAUGCACACACAUGGACAUACACACAACGUCUAUCUUGCUAAAUUGUAUCCUGGAUUAGUAAGGUGUUGAUAUAAAAGAAUGAAUGGUGUAAAAUAUUUAGGAUGAAUGUUUGCGUGUGAAAGUAUGUAUGUAUGUUUCUGUGCCGCACAAGUUCCUCCGUUGGCCUGCUGGACAGGAUUGAUUUAAGGAGGACUGAACAGAGUGUUGGUGUAUCGGACAAACCAGAAAGCGCUGGACCGAGCAGACCACGUGACGGAGAUGUGAGGAUACCGGUGUGAAGGGGAGUCGACGGGACCGGAUGAUGCUGAACUGAUAUGAUUAACAAAUGCAACAUCUGCUUUUCUUUAUGCAGGAAUACAAACUUGACUGUGUCCAUAAACACACUUCCUUUAUUUACUUCCCAUCAUUGAGAUGAAAAAUACAGAAGGAAGGACAGCUGACCACCAUCAUCAGGCCACAGAUUGUGCUUGUUGGACUGCCGAGGCCUGAUCAGUAAAACGCCGCACUGCAGGACACGUGGGAAAGAAACGUCCCGUCUGCUUCGACGCGUCUUCACACAGAUGCCUGUUGCAGAAUCAUAUGCUGUAAAAACUGCUACAGAUGUGGACGUGUGAUUUCAACGAUGCUAGAGCUGGACAUCAGACUUGAUACUUCAAAUAUCCGAUAAAUAUAUAUAUAUUCUGCAGACACACUGCAGGCGCUCCACUGGCCCACAGCGCCUGGGCCUGGAGCUGCCUGACUGUAAAGAGAAGAACAAGAUGGGUCGGUGGAUUGAGUGAUCAUCCUGUGGUGAAAUCUGUUGUGUGUUUGUUUUGUCCAUCAGCAUAAGGGCUUUGUCAAGCCAGUGUUUACCAACGACACGGGUGAGGCAAACGGAUAAACAGGCUUUGCUUUCGUCACUAAUGUGGUCGACUGUCGCCGUGAACGCUAUCGACUCCUCAGGACUUUCUGGACCGCAGUGAGCUCUCAGAUUAUUGGCCAAAGCACAAGUAGACCGGUUAAGGAACCAUUGAUAUGUUGCACUUCUCAAUCAGAGUUGUGACAAAAGUUGACCAUAUACAGGACUGUCUCAGAAAAUUAGAAUAUUGUGAUAAAGUUCUUUAAUUUCUGUAAUGCAAUUAAAAAAACAAAAAUGUCAUGCAUUCUGGAUUCAUUACAAAUCAACUGAAAUAUUGCAAGCCUUUUAUUCUUUUAAUAUUGCUGAUUAUGGCUUACAGCUUAAGAAAACUCUAAAAUCCUAUCUCAUAAAAUUUUAAUAUUUCCUCAGACCAAGUUAAAAAAAAAAGAUUUAUAACUGCUGAGUGUUUGUCAAGGCUCAGGAAACCCUUGCAGGUGUUUCGAGUUAAUUAGACAAUUCAAGUGAUUUGUUUAAUACCCUACUAGUAUACUUUUUCAUGAUAUUCUAAUAUUUAGAGACAGGAUAUUUGAGUUUUCUUAAGCUGUAAGCCAUAAUCAGCAAUAAAUCAGAAUAAAAGGCUUGCAAUAUUUCAGUUGAUUUGUAAUGAAUCCAGAAUGCAUGACAUUUUUGUUUUUUAAAUUGCAUUACAGAAAAUAAAGAACUUCAUCACAAUAUUCUAAUUUUCUGAGAGAGUCCUGUAUAUGCAUUCAGAAAUGACGUCAAAGUGAGGUUUAUGAUUUGUUUUACCAACGUGCUCACUUCCAUUGUAAUGAAAGACCCUCUCUGUGAGUGGAAACACAAUUUAUAGAUGGUGACAUUAACCAAACUACUGAAUUAAUUAAGUCCAAGUUUGGCGCCCCUGUUAUUGUCAAAAAUAAUGUCUCCAGAGACCAGUCAUCGACCGAAUUAAAAACACAGCAGUUUUGGCUCA